UGAAAGCUGUGCAUAUGUUGAAGCCACUCAAGAUCCCAGCACUAUAAAUAGCGUACUAUUGUUAGUGGAUAAAAGAUGAAACAAGUCUCCGGGCAGUGGAGCACAGCACACCCUAUUAAAUGUUAAGCUCUGCCUGUGCUAAAAGUGAAAGGCGACAUCAACUGAUAAACUAGUCUGCAGGCAAGGCAUAUGACUGGGAAGAGUUUGUUCUGACUCUGCAGCUUCUCCACAGCAACACAGGCACAGCAACACAGGAACAGCAACUUAUCUUUCUACCUCAGCAAUGGCAGAAGGUGUUAUAAGACACUGGGUGGAAAUUCCUGUACGCUAUCAAGAGCAGUUUGCUGUACAAGAGCUGGAAGCACUCAAACUGGAUCACUCUUUAUAUGCUCUGCCAGGCCCUUCUACAGCUGCCCUGAGCAACAGAAGUACAGCUGGGGCUGGGAAGAAUGGCCAGGAGGAGGAAAACACACAGUUUCAGGUCUUGCUGGAUGUUGUGCAGUUCCGCCCCGAAGACAUCAUUAUUCAGACUUUUGAAGGCUGGCUCCUGAUCAAAGCUCAGCAUGGACCCAGGAUGGAUGAACACGGUUUCAUAUCCAGAAGCUUUACCAGACAAUACAAAUUACCUAAUGGAGUAGAGAACAAAGACUUGUCUGCACUUUUUUGCCAUGAUGGCAUUUUGGUUGUUGAAAUGAAGAACUCAGUGGAAAAGAACUAGACUCUUGUCCAUAGUUUAUUGGUGAGCCGAAAACAUUCUUAAUAUAACAAAAUAAUAUAAUUCAAACAAUGCUGUAGAGUGUACUAAGCAUGUUGCUGUAUUUGUGUUACAGUAAAGGAAAAUCUUUGUGUAUGUUUUUCA